AUGGCGCAGGACACGACUGCCAACAGAACAAUGAGACGGCAAGUACUGUUGUUCAUCUCGGUGCUAUGUCUAAGCUGUGUGCUCGGCCAGGUCAGCUAUUCUAUACCUGAAGAAAUGUCCAAAGGAUCUGUAGUCGGUAACAUAGCGAAUGAUUUAGGAUUGGAUCUAAAAAGGCUGAAAUCGGGUAAAGCUCGUGUCUAUACGGGAGGCAGCGUAGAAUACAUCGGGCUGAAUAAAGAGAGAGGAGUCCUCCUCAUCAAGGAGAGGAUAGACAGAGAGGCUUUAUGUGGAGAGACGACGCCUUGUGCUUUACAUUUUCAGUUGAUUCUGGAAAACCCGAUGGAAUUGUUUCGUGUGACAGUGGAGAUCACUGACAUAAACGAUGAUACACCCACUUUUACAAAUGCAGAGAAACGCUUUGAGAUCAGCGAGUCUGCUGUGAUAGGAUCGAAAUUCGUAUUGGAGAAGGCUAUUGAUUUCGACAUUGGCAUGAAUGGAUUACAGAGAUAUGUACUUACUCCAACUGAUAACUUUGCAUUAAAACUCGAGAAUCAAGCUGACGGAAGUAAAAAGGUAGAGAUGGUUUUACAGAAACCUCUAGAUCGAGAAAAGCAGGAACACAUAUCACUGUUGUUAACUGCUGUAGAUGGAGGGGAGCCGCAGAUGUCAGGAACGAUGCAGAUAUUUGUUCAUGUAUUAGAUGUGAAUGAUAAUGCACCUACAUUUGCUAAACCGUUAUACAGAGCAAAAAUUCCAGAAGAUGCCCCCAAAAGCACCAGUGUAACGACUGUAAGUGCAUCUGAUAAAGACAUCGGCUCAAAUGGAGAAGUAUCAUAUCUGAUAACACCAAGCAAAAGAGUUUUCACUCAGUUGUUUAAAAUGAAUUCAAAUACUGGGGAAAUUAUCCUAGUCGGUGAAUUAGAUUAUGAAAAGGCUAAAUCAUAUCAAAUUGAUAUUGAAGUAGUAGACAGCGGGGGACUCUCUGAUUCUGCGAAAGUCAUUGUCGAUGUUAUUGAUAUAAAUGAUAACCACCCUCAUAUAAAAAUCCCUUCUAAAUCUGAUUCCAUAUUAGAGGACUCUCCUCCAAACACUGUCAUAGCUAUGUUCAGUGUAAAUGAUCCAGAUUCAGAGAAUAAUGGAGAGGUAGAGUGUAAUAUAGACAACAAUAUCCCCUUCAAAAUACAAAAUACAUUGAAUGGAUUUUAUACUUUAGUAACAGAGGUACCUUUAGACCGAGAGAUGGCUUCUCAGUAUAACAUCACAGUGACGUGCUCUGAUGAGGGAGUGCCCUCCCUCUCCAGCAGCGUCACUCUCACCUUACAGAUCUCUGAUGUGAAUGACAACGCACCUGUCUUUGAGAGGAGCUCAUAUGAGGCCUACAUUGUAGAAAACAACACACCAGACCUCUCUGUAUUCACAGUGAAAGCCAGAGACGCUGACUGGAACCAGAAUGCCCGUGUUUCUUACAUCCUGGAGGACUCCUCUGUGAACGGAGUGCCAGUCUCCUCAUAUGUGUCCGUUAGUGCUGAUAGUGGAGUCAUCCAUGCAGUGCGCUCUUUUGACUACGAGCAGAUCAAAGACUUCCAGUUCCGCGUCAAGGCUCAGGAUGGAGGCUCCCCUCCACUCAGCAGCAACGUGACAGUGAAAAUGGUGAUCCAGGAUCAGAACGACAACCCCCCUCAGGUCCUGUACCCAGUCCAGACUGGAGGCUCAGUGGUGGCUGAGAUGGUUCCUCGUGCAGCAGAUGUGGGUUAUCUGGUGACUAAAGUGGUGGCUGUUGAUGUGGACUCUGGACAGAAUGCCUGGCUGUCGUAUAAACUGCAGAAAGCCACAGACAGGGCGCUGUUUGAAGUGGGUUUACAGAAUGGAGAAAUCAGAACUAUCCGCCAAGUGAGUGAUAAAGAUGCUGUGAAACAAAGACUGACUGUUAUAGUGGAGGACAACGGGCAGCCGUCUCGUUCAGCUACAGUCAUUGUGAACGUGGCGGUGGCGGACAGCUUCCCUGAAGUGCUGUCAGAGUUCACUGACUUUACACACGACAAGGAGUACAAUGACAACCUGACUUUUUACUUAGUGCUAGCUUUAGCUGUAGUGUCCUUCCUCUUCAUCACGUGUUUGGUGGUUAUAAUCUCAGUGAAAAUCUACAGGUGGAGACAGUCUCGCGUCAUGUAUCAUUCCAAUCUGCCUGUGAUUCCAUAUUAUCCACCACGUUACUCAGACACUAUGGCCACAGGGACUCUGCCACACGUGUACAAUUACGAAGUGUGCAGGACGACUGACUCCAGAAAGAGUGACUGUAAGUUCGGCAUGGCUGGUAGUCAGAACGUACUGAUCAUGGACCCCAGUUCUACAGGGACCAUGCAGCGGAUACAGAGUGAGACGAGCAUCCUGGACGAACCAGAUUCUCCUCUUGAGCACCAUGGACAGCGACACUAA